AUUAAAAGCGGAAGGACAAGCUUUGUGCUACUCAAGUUGUGUGGCGCAUUCGAAACCUUGCUCAUCCGCUUUUUAGUUUCGGCUUUUAUACUGCCCUGUCUCUUCGUUAUCAAGCCCUACAGUUUUUUCUUGUGGUCACCACUAAACUCACACUCCUCUACUCGUCCCCUGCAACAAAGUACCUACUUACAGGCUGGACAAAAACCUAUCAACAGUUAGUCGUCACAGUGAAUCUAAAGAAGACGUAAACACUUACUCAUUAACAAUAUAGAACGUCAUAAAAUGCCAAUAUACAUGUAUCCUGCAGUUGCUGCACCUGAUCGGCAUUCUAUUGACUAUGUUUCACAGGGUCACCCGGAGGGACCAUCAGGUGUCCAACAGGGUUCUGCUGUUGUUCCAGGAGAGAUAGUUUUCUCUUCAGCUGCAAACCUGAUUACUGGCCAUGGGACGUAUCGUAGUGCAGAUGUAUCAUCUGAUACAGUAGAUGGUAGUGCUGGUGCGAAUUUGGCUUCAGUUAUUCACUCACACACCGACCCUUUGCUUAAAGGAGGCUCAGGCACCCAUGUAAGCAAUAUACACACUUCCCUUACUGGACGUGUGAGAAUAGUUAACAAACUUGUGUAUGUUGAGCCACCGAAAGCUCGAUAUUUUGGCAAUGUUGGAGAUACAGUAGUUGGCCGCAUUGUAGAGGUUGAGCAACGUCGUUGGCGUGUUGAUGUCAAUUCUUCUCUCUUGGCCAACUUAGCUUUGGCUAAUGUGAAACUACCUGGUGGUGAACUUCGUCGAAAAUCCGAAGAUGAUGAACGCGCUAUGCGGUCUUUCAUGAAGGAAGGUGAUCUCAUUGUCGCUGAAGUUCAUGAAGUUUAUAAAGAUGGAACAUUACAGCUCCAUAUGCCAGGUACUAGGACUGGUAAAUUAGGAGGUGGUUGCCUAUUGCAUAUUCCACCUAGUCUUAUCAAACGUCAGAAGAUUCAUCGACAUCGUCUGGCAGUUCCACGAGUUAAUGCACUUGAUGGUUCUUUGACAUCAUCGUCUACUGAUGUUAUUUCUGUUGGCCUUAUCUUGGGCUGUAAUGGAUAUGUUUGGACAGGUCCGGCAAGAGCUAUGGAUAUAGGCCUUGGUUUAGCAGCACCAGUUGAGGCAGAUUUAAAUAUGAUCAAUCAAAAAGAACUAUUAGCUGAACGCAUUGCAGUUUGUCGAGUACGUAACUGUAUUUUAGCCCUAACACAAAAUGGAAUACCGGUAUGGGAAACAAGCGUACUUACUGCUUGUGAAGCCAGUUGGGUAGCUGAUCAGCAAAAUGAAGACGAAGAUGAUGAAUAUCAGAUGGAUUUUGAGACCGAUAUUAGUGGUAAUCCUCCAGGUAACAAAGUUCGUAACCGAAUUGCUCGUCUUCUGCAUCCGGAAGUUGCUCGUCGUCUUGUUUCUCUUGUUGAAGCUAAGUUGAAAUCAGAUUAUUAAUUUUGUACGAACGAUGAGAUGAAAAUUUUGUACAUAAAACUUAAAUUUCAGUAGUUUUACCGUAAUAUACUGAAUUCGGUCAUUUUCCGGGGAUAGUCUGUUUGGGUUACCUUUGUUAGCAGGCAGAUAGUUACGUAUGUGUUAAAAAAAAUUGAUGUGAUUUUUAUGAACAUACACUACUUAUAUCGUUCGCAAGACUUGCGUU